AUGUAUCCCUGGCACGAAAGCUUCAGCUCCUGGGCCAAGGGCACGGGACUGCGUAUCGAUGCCCUCGGUCUCGUCACUCUUCUUGGGGCGGAGGAGAUGGACCGUAAUAUUGGUCGUCUAAUGCCGAGCGAUUAUUUCGACUAUUUACCAUUACUCGGCGCUUUUGUAGUAGCUGGAGACCGGUUUACAGAUAAGAAGACCGGCUUCAUUCUCUACAAUAUUUCGGCCGGGAUUCUGACAACAGAAUUGGCUGGAUGGGUCUCGCGCUGGGUUCGAGCACAGGAUUUAUACAAAGUUCGAAGCAAAGUGACCUGGGAAGUGGCAGAUCGCCCAUUUCGAUGGACCAAAUUCUUCUUUGGUUUUAUCUUGAUCAGUUUACCAUUACAUGGGAUGCUCCUCGCCUUGACCGUACUUUCGGCUGACUGGUGGGGAUUCGCAAAUGUUGUCUCUAUGAUUCUAUCCGUCGUUGUAAGAUGCGGACAGGUACACCAGAAUCAAGCUGGUAUUGAUGCAAAUAUCGAAAUGGCUGAAAAGGAAGCCCAGGCCAAAAUGACAAAGUACGAGGGGGCACUCCAGCAAUUCGAGGACUGGCAGCGAACGGGGCCCAGUACAGAGACGAGAAACCCGCCUUCCGAGCCAAAGGAUUUCCAUGAUGCGAAAGUUCUUAUGGUAACAGAAGACUCGAAUAUCCUCACGCUUGUUGCGCCGAACUACCUUGUCAAGGCAGUAUUCACCACGAGCCCUCGCAUCCCGAAUCCUCUCUUUUAUUUGACUUGCCGAGCAAUCGGGUGGGCUGCGUUCGCUGUGCACGUGAUUAGUAUAGGCAUGGCAGAGCUGCCAAUACAGAUUUGCUCCGUCGUGCUCAUAAUCGUCGCAACAGUUCUCACAGCUUACAAAGUCGGCUCUGGAGAUUCAAAAAUAUGGAAAGCCUUGCGGAACCGAUUCGCGCGAGGAAAUGAGGAGGACGAGUCGUUGACUUGUUGGGUCACCUCGAGAUUGAAGGCCACAAUCUCCUCAUACUCAGAGGAAUGGAGCGUGUGGACCGAAGAGGAGCGAGAGGUUUCUUGUUACCAAGACGCAAAUUUGCAGAAAGGCAGCCUCAACAAGACAGGAAACAAACAAAAGACCUUUAUUGAUAUCGAAAGUCUGCCGACAACUCGCAAGCGAGAGCCUAUCCAAGAGCGACGACAAGACCUCUAUGCCUGGCUAGACCUGACAGAAGAGCAAGACAAAUGUCUCGUCGCAUGGGGCUUGAUACCGCACAACAAUGACUGGCAGAAUGCUUAUCAGGAGAAAAAAACGUUCCAUCGGCAAAGAGAGAUUCGCAGAAAAGCUCAAGGAACAGAAUGA